AAGUGGAACCUCGUGUAUCAGUGGAUCUCUGUCACUCAUAUGAACUUCCGGUUUGCACGCGUUUUCUCAUUUUCAACAUGUUGCUGCUCAGGAGCUGUUACAGGAGAUCCGCUGAGGUCCUCCUACCACCUGCUGCUGCUCAGCAACGGCGUCUCUCAACUGGUCCCCAGCAGACACACAGAUCCUUUUAUGAGUUCCGCACCUACAGCAUCCGCCCAGACCAGAAUGCUGCCUUCCUCAAACUGACCAAUGAGAAGAUCCACCUGCGCACCGCCCACUCUGAGCUGAUUGGCUACUGGAGCGUCGAGUACGGCGGCCUGAACAAGGUCUUCCAUAUAUGGAAGUAUGACAGUUAUUCUCAGCGGGCAGACGUCCGGGCAGCUCUGUCUCAGGACCCCUCCUGGAUCUCUGAGUACAUCUCCAAGGCAAUACCCAUGCUGAGGUCUCAGGACAACGAGGUGAACUACCUGGUUCCCUGGAGUCACCUGCAGAAGCCCCCAAAAGAGGGCGGUGUGUACGAGCUGGCGUCCUUCCAGAUGCGUCCUGGAGGUCCAGCGGUUUGGGGAGACGCCUUCCAGGCUGCUGUCACCUCCCAUGAUGCACCUGGGUAUGGCAAACUGGUGGGAGCUUUCCACAGCGAGUGUGGCCUGCUAAACAGAGUUCACGCCCUCUGGUGGUUCGAGAGCGCCGAUCAGCGAGCUGAAGUUCGUCACAAAGCUCACACUGACGCCCGAGUCGUAGCUGCAGUCCGAAACUGUGUCGGCCAUCUGGACUCUCAGGAGAAUAAGCUCAUGUUUCCUUGUUCCUUCUCUCCACUGAAGUAACUUCCGGUCGGCCACUUCCUGUCCUCAGACCUGUGUCUCCAAACACUGUCACUAUAAAACUCCCCAAUUGCUUUGAGUCCUGAACCUGCUGCAUCCUCUCUGAACCAAUUAGGCGUUACCAUGAGCCCCAAUGUCUUUCAGGAUUUGCAGCGCUAUUAUUGGCCGGGGUCUCUGUGUGAAACUGACCAAUGGGAGAUGCGUGAAGGGCGGGGUUUACCAAGAAGAGGAUGGGGUUCAUAGUUGGAGCAGGGAGUGAAUUUACGAGAAAUAAAGACAAUAUGGUAUAAAUGUGAUGAAUGUGACUAAAAACACUAAAUCAGAUUGAGUUGUGAGUGACAACAGCAUCGUCCAAUCCUGUGGCUGGAACAUAUAUGUUUGUGUGUGUGUGUGUGUCUCGUUCACAUUAGACUAACAGGAUAUAAAGUCUGAAUAAUAAAGAGAACACUAUUGUUGUGAAUAAACGGAUAUAUUCAUCAGAGAGCAAAGCAGAGACUGGAUUUAUUUCUUUU